AUGGGAGGAAAAAUGGACGAGAGCGUCUCUUGCAGCUGGAGUGAGCCGCUUCCGUCUGUGUCAUUCCACAAGGAUGUAGACACCGCGCGCACCCAUGCGGAGACCGUUGCUGCGUCAAGGAGCAGGUCGGGGAGUACGGCAGCAGUAUUACUCAACCAGUUGACGACAGUGACCGCACCAUGGGUGGCUGUAAAGGUUCAACCGCAGCAACAUAUACAUCAUUUUGUUCUUCUGUCUAACGCGCGGACAGUGGAGGUACACGUCGGUGAUGCCGUUAUUUGCACAUAUGAGGGUAUCGUUUCUACAGGGGGCUGGUUUCUCCACGACGCAAAGUGCAACGCAUCUGCUGGGCAGACGCUGAAGUUCAAGUUUUUCGCCCGGAAGGAGAGGUCUACUAUUGAUGUGGCUGUUGUCUGCCUUGUGAGGGAUGUAGUAGAGCGCACCCCCUCCAGCGAAAACAACCACAGCAAUGAUGCCCCCCAAGCACUGGAAAGCCGGUUGGGACAAUUAGAAGCACAAAUACAUGUGUCAAUGAAUGCGAUUAUGCGUCGACUGAGCAAUGUAGAGGAUCGCCUAGCUGCUUUGGAGGGGCGUGGAAGUGCACCAUCUCCCGGGUGA